UUGUUUUUAUUGUUAAAUAAGAAAAACACAAACAUGGAUUUUAGCUCUCCAAUCAUCUCCCUACUCCUUCAUUUUCUUGUCCUUGUUUCUUUAUUUUGUAUUGUUAUUUGUUUAGAAUCAAACAGUCAAUUAGCCAAUCAAACUCUUCGAUCAGAAGAAGAAUUUCAUAAGUUGAAGAAAAUUAUAGCUACCCGUCUAAACAAAAUCAACAAGUCUACCGUUAAGACCAUUCAAAGUCCGGAUGGUGAUAUAAUAGAUUGUGUUUUGACACAUAAACAACCCGCUUUUGAUCAUCCUCUAUUGAAAGGACAAAAACCAUUGGAUCCUCCAAAAUUACCAAAAAGACAUAAUCUAAAGGGUAAUUGGAGUGAAAAUUUUCAAAUGUGGAGUUUAUCCGGUGAAUCAUGUCCAGAUGGAACCAUACCAAUUAGACGAAUGACAGAACAAGACAUGUUAACAACGAAGCGUACUAGCGGAUUUGAAAAAAAAGUCAACGACAACACUAAACAUCUACAUGCAGUUGCGUAUAUGGAGUGGAGAGAGAUUUAUGGAGCAAGGGCUACCAUAAAUGUGUGGAUACCACAUGUAGAAAUUUCAAAUGAAUUCAGCUUGUCUCAAAUAUGGCUAAUGUCUAAUUCAUCUGAAAAAGACGUCAACACCAUUGAAGCUGGUUGGCAGUUAUCUCCACAUAUCUACAAAGACAGCCGCCCUAGACUAUUUAUUUAUUGGACGGCUGAUGGUUAUCAACAUACUGGUUGCUACAAUUUAGCAUGUCCGGGCUUUGUUCAUACAAACAAGAAUAUUGCACUUGGAGCUGCAAUUUCUCCAACUUCUACAUAUAACGGAAAUCAAUUUGACAUUACCUUAUCCAUAUGGAAUGAUGUAAAGACUGGAAAUUGGUGGCUUGAUUAUGGAUCUGGAAAUUUCAUUGGUUACUGGCCAUCCUCCCUAUUCACACACUUAAAGGAUGUUGCAGCAGAAACUCAUUGGGGUGGAGAAGUAACAAAUACACAUUACCCACACGCUACUUCCACCCAAAUGGGUAGUGGACACUUUCCUGAUGAGGGUUUUAAAAAAGCUUCUUAUUUUAAAAAUAUUGGAGUUCUAGAUUCUGAUAACACAUGGGUUCCAUUGUUUGCAGAACCCAAGUAUUUUGCAACUAAUGCAAAUUGUUAUAAUAUAAAAGGAGAGAAUAAUUGUGAUUGGGGCUAUCACUUUUACUAUGGUGGACCUGGCAAGAAUAAAAAUUGCCCUUAAGAAAAUAUUAUUGCAUUAUUUUGCAUUUGGCACCAUUACCAUUUGAACUUAGAUUCUUGGUAAUCGUAUAAACAAUGUAAAGAACAAAAUAAAAUAAAAGCAUUGUUGGUUUC